UCGUCACGGCUGGACAGCAACACCACAGCAACCAAGCACGAGAAGGACUGAGCCGGUGGAUUUAAUCAACCGUUUCUUUUUUUACCUCAGAAAUUCCCUUCCUGCUGAGUCAUCUCUUUAUUUAACAGGCGAAUGCUCUCAUUUGGUUUAACAAUAAUCCGUCAUGGUGAGACACAGUACAACAAGGAUGGACUGCUUCAAGGUCAGGGAAUAGAUGCUCCUCUGUCUGAAAUCGGUGUGCAGCAAGCCGAAGCUGUUGGCCAGUACCUGCAAGAUGUUCACUUUACUAACGUUUUUUCCAGUGAUAUGAAACGUGCCAAGAAGACUGCUGAAAUUAUUGUAAGGAAAAAUAAGACAUGCAGCAACCUAGACGUUGUGACAGCUCCAUCUCUUAAAGAGAGGAGCUUUGGUGUUGCUGAGGGAGGCCAAGUGGAGGACAUGAAGAACAUGGCUAAAGUAGCAGGUCAGCCAAUCCCAGAGUACACGCCUCCGGAUGGAGAAACAAUGGAUCAGGUGAAGAUCCGGAUCAGCACCUUCCUUAAAUCUUUGUUCCAGCAGAUGGCAGAUGAGCAUCAAGAUAAAAUAUGUCAAGGUGACGAAGUGCAGCCUGAGGGGCCUCUCGCGGGUCGCCCGGAUGAUGGAGUCCAAAACGUGCUUGCUCAUGCUCUUGUGGUGAGCCACGGUGCCUAUAUGCGGGUGGCGGUUCGCUAUUUCAUUGAGGACUUGGCAUGCACUGUGCCUCCUGGGGCAAACAUGGCUCAGGUGUUCUCAGCCUGCCCAAACACAGGAAUUUGCCGAUUCAUUGUGACUAUAAAAUGUUGUCAUGCAAGCAUUCAGCUGUCUGGCAUGAAGUGUGUUUUUGUCAACCGUCGAGACCACAUUAUGGCUGAGAACAACUAGAGUGAAGUUAUGUGGAAUUAAGUUGCACUGUGAACCAAAGUUGCAUGAAGAAAACAGAACAUACGCAAAACCAAAAUUGUUCAGAGGUCAUUUAUGCCAUUGUUCAUAUUCAGUGCUUUCAGACCUACAGCAACAUUAUAAUUUAAAUCAGUGUUUUGUGAUGAAAUUGGAACGGAGGAAAUGGGAUAUAUUUGGCAACGGAUAGAAAAGAACCGCUUUCCGGAGUGGAAUUCUACUUUCUUUACCGUUUGUGAAAUGCGUUAACUGUCACAGAAAAAAAAAGCAGUGCCACAGCCCCUGACAGUAAGUGCAUGAAGGAAGUCAUAAAGCUAAUGAUGCACAGCUUUUGUUGUUCCUGGUUAAUGGGGCUUUAAAUAAAGCUAAUUUUCCUCCCCCUUAUUUUUCCAGAGACAAGUCUGUGCCAGCAAGCAUUAAACCUACUCUGGAUGGAAAAACCCCAACUUGUACUCUGUGUUAUACUUGUACUAAUUCCCACGCCAACACCUUUCCAGAUUUAUGACGUUUUCAGACGCUGGCCUGUUUGGACUAGAGGGAUUUUUUUUUUUUUUUUCCCCCCAAAGUCACAAAGCACUUGUGUAACACACUCAGGAAGUGCAUUUGUCAGAUUUUAGAAAUGUUCACAAUGUUUAUUGACAUGAGACAAUCGAUAGCUUUUUCUUGUUUGACUUGUUUGUAUUGCGCAAUAAUGGCUACAGUUCUAGUU